AUGGCAGCUUUAAAUAAAAUUGAAGAAUUGAAGUAUAUUCUGUCUUUUGAUUCUUGCUUUACGGUUGAUAGAAUUGGUAGGGGAGGAGGUUUGGCUUUUCUUUGGAAAAAUUCUGCUAACUGUACUAUUACAAAUUUCUCUCAAAAUCACAUUGAUGUUGAAGUGGACGAUUUGUUGAUCGGGAAAUGGCGAUUGACUGGUUUUUACGGGAUGCCGGAAAAUGGAAGAAGAAAAGAAUCUUGGGCUUUCUUAAAGAAUUUAGCAAGAACUUCUUCUUUACCAUGGUGUGUUAUUGGAGAUUUCAACGACAUUCUGUCAUCUGAAGAGAAGAAAGGUAGGUCAGAGAGAGCGCCUUGGCUGAUCCGUGGUUUCAGGCAAGCAGUAUUGGACGCGGGUCUGUUUGACUUACACAUGACUGGUUACGCCUUCACUUGGUUCAAAAGCCUCGGCACCGCCAGAGCUGUUGAAGAGAAGUUAGACAGAGCACUUGUAAAUUCUGAUUGGUGUAACAUGUUCCCAAACGCAGGUGUUGAAUGCCUUUCGACGACAUCUUCUGAUCAUUACCCAUUGUGGCUCACGUGCAAACCGGUUACUGCUGUCAACAGAAAUCCACAUCGCUUUAAGUUUGAAAAUGCGUGGCUUGCUGAACCUGAUUUUAAACAACAAGUGCAGCAACGUUGGAAGCUCUAUCCUGAAGAAGGUAUCACGCAAAAAUUGAGUUAUUGCGCUGAAGACCUGACUGAUUGGAGUCGUAAUAACAACAAUUUUCGCCGUGACAUCAGUAAAGUUCAAAAGAAAAUAGAAAAGCUUCGAACUCAUGUGACAGCGGCAAAUGUCAGCUAUUUUAAUUCUCUCAAAAAUAAGUUGGACAAGCUACUUGUACAGGAUGAUCUUUUUUGGAAGCAAAGGGCAAAAACAUUUUGGUAUAAAGAAGGGGAUUUAAAUACCAAGUUCUUCCAUGCAGCAGCUACCUCACGCAGAAAAGUGAACCGCAUUGAACACCUCGAAAAUUCAAAUGGCACCGUUUGUCGAAAAGAGGAUGAACUACAAAAUAUUGCCCGUAAUUAUUUCUCGCAUUUGUUCACUAAACUCUCAAGCACUCGUGCAGAUGUAAUUUCCAAAGUAGCUACUUCCAUCUCUGAUGAUGAUAAUUGUUUCUUAACUGCGGCAUUUACACUGGAAGAAUUCAAAACUGCGGCGUUCUCUAUGCAAGCGGACAAAUGCCCAGGACCAGAUGGGUUUAAUCCCGGCUUCUAUCAAAAUUUUUGGAACAUGUGUGGCAGCGAAAUUCACAAAGCAGGAUGUGAAUGGCUUGAAAAUGGUGUGUUCCCUCCACAUUUGAACUCUACAAACAUUGCUUUAAUCCCAAAGGGUGAUGCUCAGACAACCAUGAAAGAUUGGCGACCCAUUGCUUUAUGUAAUGUAGUCUACAAGAUGGUGGCUAAAGUCCUUGCUAACAGACUCAAAAAUGUCCUUGACAAAUGCAUAUCUACAUCUCAGUCUGCUUUUGUUCCAGGAAGAUCAAUCCUUGAUAACGCACUUGUGGCUAUUGAAUUAAUUCAUUACAUGAAGGCAAAAACUAAAGGGUCCCAAGGUGAUGUUGCUCUCAAGUUAGACAUCAGCAAAGCUUAUGACAGAUUAGAUUGGGAGUAUCUCCGUGAUAUAAUGAUUCAGAUGAGAUUUUCAGAGAAGUGGAUUCGAUGGAUUAUGCUUUGUGUUGAGACCGUCGAUUACACAGUUUUGGUCAAUGGUGUACAAGUUGGACCUCUCAUUCCGGGUCGUGGUAUUCGGCAAGGUGACCCGCUAUCACCUUAUCUUUUCAUUCUCUGUGCUGAAGGAUUAUCUGCUCUCAUUAGGGAUGCUGAGAGACGAGGUGUCAUUACGGGUACUCGUAUUUGCACAAGUGCUCCAGCUAUUUCACACCUUCUUUUUGCAGAUGAUUGUUUCCUCUUUUUCAGAGCUUCUGAACAGGAAGCAUCGGUAAUGAAGAAUAUUCUAACUACUUAUGAAGCUGCUUCCGGUCAAGCGAUCAAUUUGCAAAAAUCAGAAAUGUAUUGCAGUAGGAACACUCCCACAGAGUGCCAGAAUCGUAUCGCAACAACUCUCGGGGUGAAGCAAGUUUUGGGAACAGGAAAGUAUCUCGGUCUUCCAUCAAUGAUAGGAAGGAGCAAAAAAGCAACCUUCAAAUUUGUUAAAGAUCGGAUCUGGAAUAGAAUUAACUCUUGGAGCAGCAGGUGUUUAUCGCAAGCAGGGAGGGAGAUUCUUAUCAAAUCUGUACUGCAAUCUAUACCCUCAUACGUCAUGAGCAUUUUCCUUCUACCGAGCACUUUCAUUGGUGAAAUUGAGAAGAUGCUUAACGCCUUCUGGUGGGGUCACAACUCUGCAAAUUCACGAGGCAUGCAUUGGUUAUCUUGGGAACGCCUCUCUGUUCCUAAAACUUUUGGAGGUAUGGGUUUCAAAAGUCUCCGAGCUUUUAAUUUGGCCAUGAUCGGAAAGCAGGCCUGGAAGUUGAUAAGCAACCCGGAUUCUUUGAUCACUAAAUUACUCAAAGCUAAAUAUUUUCCGCAUAGUGACUAUUUUAGUGCUUCUAUAGGACACAACCCAAGUUAUGUCUGGAGAAGCUUGUGGUCUGUUAGAGAUUAUCUUAAGCAUGGUUUAAAGUGGAGUAUUGGAACGGGAGAAACCAUCUCAGUGUGGAAUCAACCGUGGUUAAAAGAUCCGCUUUGUCUUCAGCCUGUUACAGAAGUGCAGAUCAUGUGGGAUGCUCUUACUGUUGGUCAUCUUUUCAAGCCAAACACAAAGGAGUGGAAUGAGAAUUUUAUCCGGUAUGUGUUUAAUGCUGAAACAUCGAAUCAGAUUCUACAAACUCCCCUUUUACAAUCAGUUCAAGUAGAUAAAGCAACUUGGAGAUUUGAAAAGAAUGGCUUGUACUCGGUACGCAGCGCAUAUCGAGAGAUUAUCAAUAGAAACGAUGUUCUGCUCCAGCAUAGGGUUCCAGGGAAAUGGAAUAUAAUUUGGAACCUUAAACUCCCACCGAAGAUUAAGAAUUUUUUGUGGCGUGUAUGUCGAAAUUGCUUACCAACUCGUAUGCGGUUGAUCUCAAAAGGAGUUCAGUGCCCCCCAACUUGUGCCAUAUGCAACAAUCAUGAGGAAGAUGGGAAACAUCUGUUUUUUGCGUGUAGUAAGAGUGUUGGGUGUUGGCAGCGACUGGGUUUUUGGCCUUCAAUUCAGCAGAUUUGGUCUCAUAACGCCUUUUGUGCUGAUAUAAUUUUUUCUUUACUCCAACAGCUAGACAUCGCUCAUCAGCAGAUUUUUGCGGUUACCCUUUGGAGCUUAUGGAGACACAGGAACAAUAAAGUGUGGAAUAAUAUCGUAGAAACAACAGAGGAGAUUGGUGACCGAGCGGUGGCUUUCCUAAAUAGUUGGAAGGCCGCGCAAGAGACAAGGAUUCGUAGCUCACCAGCAAACCCGCAUUUCGACAUAAGUAAGUGGUCAAAACCAAGUGUUGGGAGAUUCAAGUGCAAUGUUGAUGCUGCCUUUUCUGCUUCUCUCCAUAGAGUAGGCUUUGGAGCUUGCAUUCGAGAUGCAAAUGGAAAUCAUGUUAUAAGCCGUACUGAGUGUUUCACACCUUUACUUGAUGUGGAAAUGGGAGAAGCUAUAGGACUCCUACAUGCUAUGCGAUGGGCGAAAGACCUAAAUUUAGUAAAUAUGGAUUUUGAAACAGACUCAAAAGUGGUGGUAGAGAAUAUCUAUAAGGGGGAUGGUGUCUCAGAUUUCAUGGCCAUAAUACACGAUUGUAGACAUCUUUUAAUGACUGAUUUAGCGAACUCUGAUGUGAAGUUCAUUAGGAGACAAGCCAAUAGUGCUGCUCAUAAUCUAGCUAGGGAAGCACUAAAUCAUGCUAAGAGGAGUAGUUUAUGGUAUAGGAUUUUGGUGGCGAGAUAUGAUGAGGAGGAUGGGAGGUUGGAGGUUGGGGGCCGGAGUGGUUAUGCGUGGUGGCGAGAAAUCGCUAACAUUUGGGAUAGGGUGGAGGUUUCUGGUGGUGGUUGGUUUCAGGAGGGAAUGUCUUAUAUGGUGGGGGACGGUGUAUAUACUUUAUUUUGGCGUGAUGUGUGGGUUGGUGAUGUCCUGUUUUGUGUGCGUUUCAGGCGCCUUUUUGACAUUACUUUAGAUAAGUCUUGUUCGAUUGCGCAUAUGUUCUCUAGUGGGUGGGGCGUUGGGGGAGAGGGUUGGAGAUGGAGGCGGAGGUUGUGGGUGUGGGAGGAGGAGAUGAUGGGGGAGUGUAUUAUUUUACUUCGUCAUGUUUCUUUGCAGUCUAAUGAGAAAGAUACAUGGAGAUGGGCACUGGAUCAUUCUGCAGGUUAUACAGUCAGGAGUGCCUAUCAUUUGUUGACUUCUCAGGAUAGCCCUCAGGUGGAUGGUGCUGAUGCUUUGGUUUGGCACAACCAUGUUCCGCUUAAGGUCUCUAUUUUUGCUUGGAGGUUGCUGAAGAACCGUUUGCCUUUAAGGCAAAAUUUGGUGCAUCGUGGUAUCCUUCCAGCCACUGUUGCGGGCUAUUUGUUAGGGUGCGACGCUUUGAAGUCUUCUCAGCAUUUAUUCAUCUCUUGUGAUUAUUAUGGUUGUUUGUGGUCUCGGGUUCGGUCUUGGCUUGGUGUCUCAGGUCCAGAUCCCUUAUUGGUUUCAGAGCACUUCUUUCAGUUUACUCAUUCAGCAGGAGGGGUGCGGGCUCGACGCUCUCUUUUGCAGCUUGUUUGGUUACUUUAUGCGUGGAUCAUUUGGAAUGAUCGGAAUCAAAGGUUGUUUACUAAUAUAAGUAGUUCUAUUGAUCAGUUGUUGGAUAAAGUGAAGCGACACUCUUUGUGUUGGCUAAAAGCUAGUAAUAUCGUUUUUGUUUUCGGUUAUGAUCUGUGGUGGUCAAGGCUUUGGAUUGUUUGGGUCUGGCCUAAGUUUUUGUUGAACUUUGUAUAUCUGUAA